GUCGGGGGCGCGUAAGCAAGCAGGCCCCGGGCGGCGGAGCCGGGCCGAAACUUCAAAAGGUUGCGCGUUGCCAUGGCUACUGUCACUCACGGGAUUUCCAUGGCAACGGGGUGGAACCGGACGGGGGCGCUGGGGCGAGCUUGUUGGGGAACCGGGGCGUCUUCCCUGCUUGCAAAUCGCGGGGUGAUCCGGCGGGCCUUUGCUUCGGGAGCCGCGGCCAUGGCGGCCCUUAAGGUUGGGGACAAGCUUCCCAGCGUGGAGGUCUACGAGGGAGACCCUUCCAACAAAGUGAACCUGUCCAGCCUCUUCAAAGGGAAAAAGGGCAUUCUUUUUGGGGUGCCCGGUGCCUUCACCCCCGGUUGUUCCAAAACGCAUCUGCCCGGCUAUGUGGAGAAAGCAGGACAACUGAAGGGCAAAGGCGUUGAGAUCAUUGCUUGCUUGUCAGUCAACGAUAUCUUUGUGAUGAACGAAUGGGGAAAGGCUCACCAAGCUGAAGGAAAGGUAAAAAACAAAAGGGGGUGGGGGUUGGAUAGGAGAUUUUUUCUCCCCCCAUACCCCUGUUUAAUUUUUCCAAGCUGCAAAGCGUUGUGGAAGAAAUGUACAUCCAUGUUUCUCAACCGUGGCCAUUUUAAGAGAUGCGGACUUCAAUUCCCAGAAUUCCCCAGGUGAGAAUUCUGUGGCCAG